AUGCAGCACCAGCAGCAGCAGCAGCAGCAGGUGCAUAGAGAACAGCAGCAGCAGCAGCAGCACGAGAUAUAUAGAGAGCAGCAACUGCAGCAAAAUGCAGCAGAUAGCAGCAGCAAGGAGACAAACAGAGACACAGCAGCUGCAUGCAAACUGCAGCAGCAGCAGCAGCAGCAGCAGCAGCAAAAGGCAGCAACAACAGAAAACACCUGGAGAGACAACAGCAGCAACAGCAGCAGCAGCAGCAGCAGCAGCAGCAGCAGCAGCAGCAGAGACUUGAGCAUUACCUUGCGGCUUUGA